CUAUGGUUAAUCAUAGUUAAUGUGCUUCUUAACUCUAGUUAAAAUUCUGUUUUCUUUCGCUUGUUAACAAAUCUCUAACACACAAUCUUUCAAGUCGCCAUCUCCGCGGAUUAAUAGGAUCAACCAUGCGCUCCACACGAAGUCUCUUCCUAGUUCUUAUUGUCUCAGCAAUGUGCACUGCCGUAACAGCCCACAACAUCACCGAUAUUCUUAAAGACCACCCAGAAUACUCACAGUUCAACGGCUACCUCUCUCAAACAAAACUCGCUGAUGAAAUCAACAGGCGUACAACAAUCACCGUUCUUGUUCUCAAUAAUAGCGCUAUGUCAGCUCUUGUAGGCAACAACCCUAUCACUGUUAUCAAGGAUGAGCUUAUGGUCCAUGUUUUACUCGACUACUUCGAUGGCAAAAAGCUCCACCAAUUCUCUAAUGGAACAACUCUCACUACCACUCUCUACCAAACCACCGGAAAUGCCCAAGGCAAUUCCGGUUUUGUCAACAUUACUGAUUUACGGGGUGGUAAGGUCGCCUUCGGUGCGGCUGCUCUCGGUUCAAAACUCGAUUCAUUCUACAGCAAAUCCAUUAAACAGAUUCCUUAUAAUAUCUCUGUGAUUAAGAUAAGUUAUCCGAUUAUUGUACAAAGUAUCUUGGCGGCUCCGGCCCCGUCUGCUUCGGACGUUAACAUAACGGCUUUGCUUGAGAAAGCUGGAUGCAAGACCUUUGCUGGUUUACUUGUUUCUAGUGGUGUGAUUAAGACGUACGAGUCAGCUGUUGCCGAUGGCUUGACUGUUUUUGCACCGUCUGAUGAGGCGUUUAAGGCUAAAGGUGUUCCUGAUCUUAGUAAACUCAGAGAUGCUGACGUGGUUGCUCUCUUAGAGUAUCAUGCAGCCUCUAGCUACAAUCCAGUGGGGACCUUGAUUAUUACUAAGAAUCCGAUCUCGACAUUAGCCACUAAAGGUCUAGGAAAGUUUGAUCUGACGGUUACAACAGCCGGUGACGAGGUCACUCUUCACACUGGAGUCGCCUCGUCAAGAGUUGCCGCCACCGUGCUUGACUCAACGCCGUUGGCCAUUUUGACUGUUGACAAUGUGCUUUUGCCUAGUGAGUUAUUUGGAAAGGCACCUUCUCCAGCUCCAGCACGUGAGCCAGCGCAGUCACCGUUGGACGCUUCUCAGCCAGCUGCUCCUUCUGAGACGCCAGCGGAAUCGCCAGCUGAUGGAUCGGAGGAUAGUACCGUCCACAAUGCUUCUGUUCACGAGAACGCGCCUGCUUUCUUCGCAGCAGUGCUUACUGUUAUUUGUUCGGUUAUUUUGUCCUGAAUCGUAAUUACACAAAUCUGAUAAUUUAUUAUUACAGAUUUUAUUUUUUAAUUUAC